AUGAAGGGUCCAUCAACAAUAUUAUUCUUGUUUGUUUUCUUCUUCGUACAACAUUUUUCUUCUUCACAUCAACAAGUUACACCAUCAAAUUUAAAUAGUAAUAAUUUAAACAUACCACAGAGGACAUUUAAGAAUAUUAACACCGACAAUUUAUUCUUCAAAACUGUUCAUUUACUUCCGCAUAGUCAUUGGGAUGUUGGUUGGUUGAAAACUAAACAAGAUUACUAUCAAGAAGAUGUAAAGCCAAUUAUUCGUGCGGUUCUUAAAGCUCUUUCGCAAGAUUCGAAUAGAAAAUUUACUUUCGUCGAAAUGAGUUUUAUUGAAUAUUUCUUUCUACAUGAUGCCUCCAAAAAAGAACGUCAACAAUUUAUCAAAUUAUUGAAAAAUUCACAGAUAGAAUUAAGUUUAGCAGGAAUGACAAUGUCAGACGAAGCUUCGAAUACCUAUUCGUCUAUUAUUCACACAUUGACAAGAGGUCAUCAAUUUGUGAAUGAAUAUUUAAACGAAAGAGAGUUUAAUUUCCUUCCUACGAAUGCCUUUCGUAUCGAUCCUUUUGGAAGUACUUCAACCAUGACCAGACUUUAUAAGGAAAGUGGACUAAUUGACCAAAUUGUAAUGAGAACUCCACAUUCAUUGCAACAGAAAUUGAGAUAUGAAAAGAAGUUAGCCUUCUUCUGGAAACAGACUGAUGGCACAGUUUCCUAUUCACAAAUUUUGGAUUAUCAAUAUUGCAUAUCUCUAUUCUUUGACGAUUCUAGUCAAUUUAGUAUUGCACCACCAGAGAUUUCAGCUCAGAUGCUACAUGAACAGAUUGUAAAGUAUUCGCUUGGAUUUAGAAAUGUCAGUGAGUCAAGAAAGUGGAAAGAAAAUGGGGAAUUCGUUGAGGAGAUUAGAAUGGGAAGUCAAGAUAUUCUAAUUCCUGCUGGUUGUGAUUUUACUUUCAUGGAUGCUUCUAUUAGGUUUAGAAGGAUAGAGAAUGCGAUGCAAUAUAUCAAUGAAAAUCCUCAAAUAUAUCCUUACAAGGUUAAAUUUUCAACUUUGGGAGAAUUUUUCAAAGAAAGUAAACCAAAGGAAUGGAAAGAUCAUUAUGCUCAAUUGAAAAAUCCAAAGAAUUUGAAAUUCUCUCCAAUAUUUGAUAGAGAGUUCAUGCCUUAUUCAGAUAAUGAUGAAUCUUUCUGGACUGGAUUCUUCACUUCCUAUCCAAUUUUGAAACAGUCAAUUAGAAAAGGAGAAGCUCAGUACAGAAAUGUAAAAACACUUCUUGCAUUGAGUGCUCCUUUGAGAAAUUAUUCAAUUGGUGAGGAUUUGAAAAUCCUUGAUGAACUUUCUGUGACCAUUGCUGAUUUGACUCAUCACGAUGCAAUUACAGGAACAUCGAGGAGUUUUGUAAAUGUGGAGUAUUUGAGAUUGUUGGAGAAUGCUGUGAACAAGUCAAUGAUUGUUGCUUCGCAUUCACUUUCGUAUUUAAUGAAGACUAAUGAUUUGAGUAAUGUGAAAUGUUCUGUCGAAGAGGUGAUUGGAAACAUGAAGGGAAGUUUGGUUGUUUUUAAUAGCUUGGCUUGGAAAUUAACGAAUUAUGUUAUUGAGAUAUCAGGUGUUGUCACUAGUCAAGUUGAAAGACUUUGCUUUUUUGACAAGAAUAGAAACAGAUUGUCAACUCAAUACGUACCAUCCUUGAAUAAGAAAGAAGCUUAUGAUAUUCACGUUUUAAUUCCAAUAAUUCCUCCACUUGGAUAUACAACCAUUUCGGUUGAAAGUUGUACAGUGUCUUUGAAUUCAAUUUCAGCCUUUGACAAUUUUACUUCCAACAAUUCCAAAACUUCUGUUUCAUUCUGUGAGACUGGAAAGGGCACCACAUUGUGUUCCUACACAAAGAAUUCUCAAAACUAUGAAUUUUCACAUCACUUGAUGAGAUAUUUUGGAUUUAAGACAACUAGUUUUGAAGAACAAAACAGUGGAGCCUAUAUUUUCCGUCCUCAAAGUCCAACUCCUGAAUUAUUGGAACAAGAAGAAUCUUCGAGAAAGCUCCGAGUUCACUCUAUGCAAGAUUCGAAUAUGCAAAUUUUCACACAAGUGGAGCAACGAAUUAAUAAUUAUGCAACCACAUUUGUUAGGUUAUACAAUCCAGAAAUUGCUUCAUCACAAGGCUUUGAUCUGGAAUACCUUUUCAAAGUUGGAGAGCUUCCAGAGAAUGAGGAAAUUAUUGUAAGAUUCAAUGCUUCCAGUUUCAUCACUUCUAAUGGAGAGUUCUAUUGUGAUAAGAAUGGAUUGGAAACUAGUAAAUUCAGAUCUAGAAAGAGUCCACAAAGUUCCUACUUGCCAAUAGUUUACAAUUGUUUCAUCAGAGAUAGACACCGACAAACAAGAGUCACCUUCUUUGUUUCAGAAACUCAUGGAGCUGCAAGUCUUCACAAUGGAGAAUUUGAAAUCAUGUUGCACAGAAGAACCAAUCAUGAUGAUAAUAGAGGUGUUGCAGAAAAUCUGAGAGAUGCUUCGACUGUCGUAGUAAAUGUGAAAGUGAGAAUAGAUCAAGAUCGAUCCUGGGAUGAAGAAAAUGUGAGAAGAGGAAUUCUACAUGCAAGAGAAUCUCUCACCAAUCAUUUUAAACCUUUGAUUGUGCCAAUAGUUGCUGAUAAGUUAGGAGAAGGAAACUUGGAAUUUAGUGGAAUAGCUCAAGAAUCAAAAUGUAUUCACUUGUCAAAUUUUGAAAUGAGAAAGUACAAGUCUUCCAAACCUCAUCUAUUGCUUCAGCUUCAACAUUUAGGAUUAACCAAUUGUGAAAUCAAGAAUGAGGAAUAUCCUGUCAAUUUAGAGAAAAUGUUCAGUAAUGGAUUGUUGAGAGGAUCUUCAUUGAAUGAAACAAACUUGUCUGGUUCAAGACAACUCUCCAAUAUUAUUUCAGAUUCAUCUAGCGUAUAUCUCGCUCCCUAUUCAUUCAGAACUUUCAUAGUUGAACCAACAAAACAGUACGGCUCCUUACUACCAGAUAAAGAGUAUGAUGGAAGGGUUGAACAAAAGGAGGAUUCAUUCUGGGACAAGCUCUAUCUCACCCUUAAAAUCUUAUUCAGCAUCAUUCUAUUAUCAUUCCUGCCAAUAAUAUGGGUUGUGUUUCACAUAACAAAUCAGCAGCCAUAACUACAAUAAACUCGAAUUAUUUGCAUGUU